AACGGAUUCAUGAGUUGGGAAGAACUGUUGGGGGCACUGGAGACUUUCUAGUGUUAAAUUGUCCAAUAAAACGAGAAAUAAAAUUUCUUCUACCUUUCCAAAAGCAGAUUUGUCUUUGAAUCAGUCUCUGGGAGGGGACCUUCAUUUAAAGGGCCACAGAACCCCGGAGUGAAACAUGAAUUUAAAUCAACAAAGAAUGGAUGUUAGCAGCAGGUUGAUCAUCUCUGAGGAGAGUUCUGAGGACAGAGGAAGUGAUGUCACUUUGAGACAGGUGGGAGAGGGACAACAGAAGCUGAUGUUAUCACUAAUCGCUCGGCCCCGAUUCUCUGAGGUCCGCUCUACUGUUUGUUACGACUUGCCCUAAAUGCAGGAUCUUGGAUCCAAAAGUGGUUCCCAGAGAACCGACAUCUGCUCGGAUGUGUCAUGGAGAAUUGGUGGCAGAUGUUCCACAUGAGGACUAUGGCGGACUUUUUAGUUUUUUUAUCUGUUGUAUGUGAGACUCUUCUGUUUUUGUUUCCUGGUGCCAUCUUGAGCCGGUCCGCUUGUGCCCCUCAGGAUUCUUGUCCAACAGCGUUACCGAAGCUAUAUGAUCUAUAUAUGGAAGCUCUAGAUGUCUCCCUGGUCUAGGGUGGGAUCAGUAGAACCUGAUGUUUGAUGCAUGAAGCUGUCCGUGGUUCUGAAUCUGACCCGAAGGCAGCACUAUGGUUCUCAUUUUGAAUCUAACCUGCAGGCAGCGCAUCAGGUCCAUGUUCUACCACGCUUAUGACAGCUACCUCAGCAACGCCUUCCCCUAUGAUGAGCUCCGCCCACUCACCUGUGAUGGACAGGACACCUGGGGCAGCUUCUCUCUGACUCUGAUCGACGCCCUCGACACGUUAUUGGUACUAGGAAACCGGACAGAGUUUCAACGUGUGGCGUCCCUUCUCCAGGACACCGUAGACUUCGACAUCGACGUCAAUGCAUCCGUGUUUGAAACCAAUAUCAGAGUUGUGGGCGGUCUGCUGUCUGCUCACCUGCUGGCGAGUCGGGCCGGGAUGGAGCUGGAGCCCGGAUGGCCAUGUUCUGGACCGCUGCUGAGGAUGGCCGAGGACGCAGCCAGGAAGCUGUUGCCGGCCUUUGAGACGCCUACAGGGAUGCCCUACGGUACUGUGAACCUGAUGAACGGCGUCAGUCCCACUGAGACACCGGUCACCUGUACCGCUGGUGUUGGAACCUUCAUCUUGGAGUUUGCCACACUGACCCGACUAACUGGAGACCCAGUCUUUGAGAAUGCUGCUCGCCGGGCCUUGAAUGCUCUUUGGAGCACCAGAUCUGACAUUGGACUGGUGGGGAAUCACAUCGACAUUGUGACCAGGAAGUGGGUGGCCCAGGAUGCCGGGAUCGGUGCCGGAGUUGAUUCUUAUUUUGAGUAUCUGGUGAAAGGAGCUAUCUUGCUGCAGGACAAGGAACUUCUCAGCAUGUACCAUACGUACAACAGAGCCAUUCAGAACUACACCCGCUUCGAUGACUGGUACCUGUGGGUCCAGAUGCACAAAGGAACCGUUACAAUGCCAGUGUUCCAGAGCCUUGAGGCAUUCUGGCCCGGCCUGCAGUCUCUAUUGGGUGAUCUGGACAGUGCUGUGAGAACCUUCCAAAACUAUUACUCUGUGUGGAGACAGUUUGGAGGACUGCCAGAGUUCUACAGCAUCACCCAGGGUUACACUGUUGACAAGAGGGAAGGGUACCCACUGAGACCAGAGCUAAUAGAGAGCGCCAUGUACCUGUUCAGAGCCACAGGGGACCACACCUACCUGCAGUUUGGCCUUGAUGCCCUGGAGUCCAUCGAGCAGAUUGCCAAGACGCCCUGCGGCUACGCCAGCGUCAAAGAUCUCAGGGAUCAUCAGCUGGACAACCGCAUGGAGUCCUUCUUUCUCGCUGAAACCAUCAAAUACCUCUACUUGCUGUUUGACCCCACCCACUUCCUUCAUGGCGCAGGAAUGGAGGGGGAGGGUUCCUGGGAGGAGGGGGGGGGCAGCGGCCAGUGUGUUUUAGGGGCGGGGGGCUUUAUCUUCAACACAGAGGCUCAUCCUCUCGACCCAGCGGCACUCCACUGUUGCAGCCUUCAUAACCAAGAGCACCAGGAGCUCCAGGAUAUCCUGCUCAGCCUGACGCAGCCCGAUGGCCAAUCGGCGCGGCCCGUCAGUCAGACCCAGGACCCCCCCAGCCAAUCAGAAAGCAUUGCUCUGAAGCCGGGUGAGAAGAAGGCUCGGCCUGUGCUGUCCUGCCCCGUACAGCCGUUCAGUGCCCGGCUGUCCGUUUUGGGGCAGGUGUUCUCUGAUUUACCUGAAGAAGGAUAACUGGCGACAUGUACCUCACCCUGAAAGGUUGUGGUUAAGGGCCCCGCAGGGUGAAAGGCAUCUGCACCGACCUGAACCGUCCUCAGGAAGUCAAAUGUUUAUUUCUGGGCCUUUGAUUAAAGGAUUAUUUUUAUUUCUGUUUGGCUGAUUUUUGCUUGUAACCUCACAAAGGGUUAGGGUUAGGAGAUUGUUUUGUAUGAAUCCAGAUCUGCUGGGUUUAGAACCAGGACUGAAGAGCCAACCACUAGGCCUUAGUGUCUGAAUCAAACCAAAGUUUUCCUGCAGAUUUUAAUCCAAAUGUUUAGAUUUGAUGCUGAGAUUUUCACACUGGUGAAUUGAAAUCAAAUAAAAAGCUUUUGCUGAGAGGAGCAAUGGCUCACUGGGAGUAAAUCUGAGCUUGUAGCAGCAGUAGCUUGAUUUGGCCACCAGAGGGAGGCAUUUUUCUACAAUCGUGCGAAGGUGAGCAAUAAAGUUCCAGCAGGUUUUCUACCCAAAUACAGAACUGGGCUGGAUAGAUGUAGCAGGAGUUUUGAUCUGGUCUAUGAGAAAAAUUAAAACCAUUUUCUAGAUCAAACUGCUGAUCUGUUUUAUUGAGGCAACCAAACCUUUUCAUGUCCAAAAUAUUCAUCUCUUCUUUGCUUCAAAAAAUUGUCUGAUGUUAAUCAGGACAAAAUGUGAUUGAAAAGUUUGCAUCAUGGGAGGAAAAAUGGACAGAAAUCAAAUCUGUCUGCUCAGCCUUUUUUCAUCUAAAUGAACAGAUGAGUUUUAGGUCUUGAUAGAUGUAAGAAUUUUCCAUGUUUUCCUCUUGCCUGUUACUAAAUUUCAGCUUUCUCCAACUGCAGCAGUUCUUCAGCAUUUGGUAAACAUUACGUUUCCUGGGUAACUGGAACUGAGCCCCCCACCCAGGAUCGGACCUCUUUACUCUAAAGAACAGUAGAACCAGAUGUGGUCUCAGCUGCUCUGUCAGGAAAUCACUGGCUGUGUAGAUUCCCCUUCAGGUGAGCAUUAAAGCUGCUGAACCUGGAGAUGGUUUCAUGCCUGGACACUGAACUGUCUGCUGGAGAUUUUGAACCAAACAGUUCUGGUGAUGCUUGUCAGUCCAGGAAAUCUAGUUCCAUUUUCAGGAGGAGUUGGAAAGAGAGCAGCACAGCCUCUUUUGGAGUGAAAACAUUCCUGCUCAUUGUAACCACUGAGAACCCACUGGUUCCACAAACAGAGACAAUAAACUCCUCCACCGUUUGUCUUUAGUCAUCUAAAGCUGCCUUUCUAUUCCACAAACUUUCUUCAAACUUUGUUGGUGUCCAAAACCCAAUUUCCCUAAAUCACAGCUUGAUAAUUGGUUUCACAAGACAGCUGAUCAUCCUCUGGUCUGUCGUCUUCUGUGGCUUUUUACACCAAUAGUUCUUCAUGUUUCCACUAAACUUCUGGAAAGACGAAAAAACUGUUUUAUCCUGAAAACCUUUUAUUGAGGUUUUUUAAAGCUAGCAUAUUUCCAUGAAGCUAAUUUAUUUUCAUAUUUAUAUGUUUACCAUUUAAUGGCAAACGGAAGAUUUUGGAUGUUCAGAGUUUAAAUGCUAACUUUGGAGCCUCCCAGUUUUACUGUUUCCAGGUCCAGAAUGAUUACAUAUUUGUUCAUUGUUAAUUAGUUUUAAAAAGUGAGACAAAGAGCUUUAGUGUUAGAACUUGGAGCUACCAGAGUCCUGAUGCAGCCAGCAGAGAAGAAUCCAGGUCCAUUUGAGGUAUGGAGUUGCUUCAGCCCCAAAUUGAUUUGCUUCCCAGUUCCAUAAAGAACUGGACCAAGGCAAUCUCCAGUGAGAACUUCUUCCAGCAUUCAGGAGGGCUUUGGUGAUGACCUGAAGGUGAUCAAACAUGGUGGACGUUGGUGCAAACGAUUAGAGAGUGAAUUAAGGGCAUUAAAGUUCAAAGGUAAUUAGAACAGGGCUAAACCACCAUCUCUGUUAGGAACAAGUGAAGAAGGACCAGGGUAAUACGUAAAGGGUUUGACCAUGAUGCCCAGAAACACAACAGAUCAGAACAGGACUGUCUGUUGGAGAGAUGAAGGUAGUGCCUUCAGCUCCCAAAGCAUCUGGAGUCGAAUGUUAGUCCAUUGUUCCAGCAGAGGACUUUUUUUUUCUGCCACCAUGCCAGAUUUCUGGCAUACAGCAAUUUAGCAUUUUUUUCCUUGGGAGCGAAAAAUAAACCUACACCAAGUCUCAUACUAACUGGUAUGAUGACGCUAUUUAGGUGCUCAUCAGAAUGUAUUAUAACCCAAUCACAGGUUGGGUCAAGCUACAGCCAAGCUAGACGACGGUGAUGAAUAGUGGCUUGUAAACAUUAGAAACUGCAGAGUUUGUGAAGCCUGGAGAAAACGUCCACAUUGAGAAAGGACUUAACAAUAAAUGGCACCAGACAGGGAUAGAAGACCUUAAACGUGACAGACAGCCUUAUGGUAAAAGAACUGAGGGAGUCAGGUACGCUACUCUUGUACAGUAUGCUUGUGGAUACUGAUAUAUGGAUAUAGCAGCGAAAAAGGGUUGUCACGAAUCUGAAUCUGCAGGUUUACUAGUGGUUCCUAGAAUUUCUAAAAGUAGAAUGGGAGGCAGAUCUUUUAGUUCUCAGGCUCCUCUCCUGUGGAACCAACUACCAGUUUUAGUCCGUGAGGCAG